GUCUUCGGACAGGAAGGUCUUUGCUUUCAAUUCAGAGAGCUAUCUUGUAAUCUUCCUUUCGGGUCGGCAGGAAGGUCGGGUAAUAUUUGAUUGUGGUGAAGGUAAAGUGGUCGGCCUAAAAUUUAUCCGGAGCCUGCCCGCAGCAGACCAUUUUUAAUAUCCACUUACAAGAAGGAUUAAAACAUGUUGGGCAGAGCUGGAACGCUGGUGCCCCUCUGCGGGCAGCAACAACAGCAGGCGAGAGGUAUGGCUACUCUUAAGGCCAUUUCUAUUCGACUAAAGUCAGUUAAAAAUAUCCAGAAAAUAACACAAAGUAUGAAGAUGGUGUCAGCUGCAAAAUACACUAAAGCUGAAAGGGAACUGAAGCAAGCCCGACCGUAUGGCGAAGGAGCGAAACAGUUUUAUGAGAAAGCAGAGGUUGCACCCGUGGGAGAAGCCCCCAAAAAACUUGUAAUUGCUAUGACUUCAGACCGAGGACUUUGUGGUGCCGUACAUACGCAAGUUUCAAGAAGUAUACGCACGGAACUGACAGAAGACCCCGAAAACACCAAGAUAAUAUGUGUGGGCGACAAAUCACGAGCCAUCCUACAGCGAUUGUAUGGUAAAAAUAUUAUUGGUGUUGCAAAUGAGGUUGGGCGUAAGCCGCCUACUUUUACUGAUGCUGCAAAGCUGACAAAUAUAAUUUUGAACAGCGGAUACGAGUUUACAGCUGGUAGAAUUGUAUACAAUAGGUUCAAAUCUGUAGUUUCGUAUACUACCACAGAUUUGCCACUUUUCAGCUUGGAGGCCAUACAGGCUGCUCCAAAACUUCCAGUGUAUGAUUCAUUGGAUUCUGAAGUUCUGCAGAGUUAUCUGGAAUACUCCAUAGCCUCCCUGAUUUUUUAUGCUAUGAAAGAAGGAGCCUGCAGCGAACAAUCUUCAAGAAUGACUGCAAUGGAUAAUGCAAGCAAAAAUGCAGGCGAAAUGAUUGAUAAGUUGACACUGACAUUUAACCGCACUCGACAAGCCGUGAUUACAAGAGAAUUGAUUGAAAUUAUUUCAGGAGCGGCUGCUCUUGACUAGAUUGAGUGAAAACGAAGCCCAUUUUUUAAUGAGGUGUUACGGCUGAAAAUGUAUUAGAAUUGCACCUGCUACCAAGAUUUCAAAAUGAAGUGCGUUUGUGAAAGUGCAGUUUAGAAAACGAAACUGAAAUCGAAAGACGAUUCUACUACAUUAUUUAUGUUAUUGCAUUUGAGUACAGGCAGCAGUGUAAUAGAGUAUCUUGUCCAAUAUUGUUCACUUCAACAGUAGCAGAAGGAAUCCAGCAGUGCAUUGUAAUUUCAGAUUGUUAAGUGGUCAUUAUAGUUCCAUUGUUAUGUAAAAAGAUAUUUCCACUUGUGUAUCAUCCAGAAUAAAACUUGGCAAAGUUUGAA